GCGCUGUUGAUAGAGGGGCUCAUUCUGGACAUCGGAAUGCUAAGAGCUGCUGUUUCCAAUCUGCGCCAUGCUCAAAUCCCUUAGACAUUAAUCACAACGAUAGCUUGCGUCCAACGUCUCGCCCGAAGCACGUGGCCGCGGAGCGAAUACUCGAGACCCUCAUUGGAAAUCCUAGCUAGGCACGAGACUCAUGAUCCGGGAGUUCUGAAGUGACAGCCUUUUCCCACUUCCACGGCGGCAAUUUCUCAAUAUACACCAUGGAAACCGACCGGGUCCUUGCCGAUCGCAGCAACGCUGCUGAGGCACAAGACCCUGAGAAUUCGCUGAGACAGCCAAAGAAGCGCUUCGUCGGCAGGCGGGCUGCGGCAGAGACUCCGAAGCCGAACCCGGGCGCGGCGUCGAUUGAGGAUGGCGGGGCAAUCCAAGUUGCGCAGCCAAGAAGAGGGCCGAGGAUGCUCACAAGAAUACCGGCCGAGAUCCUCAACGACGAGGCGCUGAAGGCGGCGAUAGCCCUCCUCCCCGCAAACUACUCGUUCGAGAUACCCAAGACCAUCCAUCGCAUCCGGACGAUCGGAGCGAAGAGAGUGGCGCUGCAAAUGCCCGAGGGCUUGCUCAUGUUUGCUACCACCAUCUCCGACAUUCUCACGCAGUUCUGCCCGGGCAUCGAGACCUUAAUCAUGGGCGACGUUACUUACGGGGCUUGCUGCAUCGAUGACUACACGGCGCGAGCCAUGGGCUGCGACCUGCUGGUGCACUACGCCCACAGCUGUCUCAUACCAAAUACCACCAACAUACACCAGCUCUAUGUCUUCGUCGACAUCAGCAUCGACACGUCUCAUCUACUGGCCACUUUGGAGCGGAACUUCCCUCCUGGCAAAACCAUGGCCAUCGUCGGGACGAUCCAGUUCAAUGCCACGAUCCACGGCGUGCGGUCCGCGCUGGAGAAGGCUGGUUUCAAGGUGAUCGUGCCGCAGAUCGCGCCGUUGUCCAAGGGGGAGAUCCUGGGCUGCACAUCCCCGAACCUCGCCACGUACACGGACGACCCCAUAGACCUGAUUCUCUACCUAGGCGACGGCCGCUUCCACCUCGAGAGCGUGAUGAUUCAGAACCCGGACAUUCCCGCAUACCGGUACGACCCGUACUCGCGCAAGUUGACGCGCGAGUCGUACGACCACCGCGAGAUGCGGGACGUGCGGGAGAGCGCGAUACGGACGGCCAAGAAGGCCCGGAGAUGGGGUCUCAUCCUGGGCUCGCUGGGGCGGCAGGGGAACCCGAAUACAUUGCGCCGGAUCGAGGAUGCGCUGGAGAAGAAGGGAAUUCCGUACGUCAACUUGCUGCUCAGUGAGAUCUUCCCCGGGAAGCUAGCUAUGAUGAGCGGCGACGUCGAGUGUUGGGUGCAGGUGGCCUGCCCGCGGCUGAGCAUCGACUGGGGGUAUGCCUUCCCGCGACCGCUGCUGACGCCGUACGAGGCGUUGGUUGCGCUGGACGUGCUGGAAUACCAGCAGGAGAAGCCGUAUCCGAUGGAUUACUACGGCAAGGACGGGUUGGGCAGAACAAAGCCUGUCGUACCCGCUACUUGAAUAAUCAUUCCGCUUGGCGUCCAUGCUGUCCGGUUGAAAUGAUGGUCCCCGUGUACUGCAAGCCACGCGAUCGUGUCCCAUAAUUGCCCUGCCUUGGUCUACUUUUUCCUCUUGAGUUCCCAGCACACUCUCCAGCCAGAUCCCAAAAUCCACUCCCAUCUCGCCUUGCCCCUGAGAAGAUCAACUCCCGACCAACCACACGCAUGAGUUCACCCAACCCCGCCACCAACCGGCUCGGGCCUGGAAGAGAACACUAUCUUGUACUUGACAAUCUCCAUAACCUCCAGCUCACCCUCGCCCUCACUUUCCUCAUCUCCUUCGCCACCACCGCCACCACCACCACCACCA